GUAGCCCACAAAAUUUUGUGAAUGAGUCUUAUGCAAUUCUUCCCCUGGCCUCAAGAUGUCGCUGCAGUUCCAGCAUACCUUUGCCUUUUGGUUACAUCGUUUUUUGCUGGGGGGGUUUUCAUGCGGCGGUGCUGCUUCAGUGUCGUUAAAAUAUGGGUCUAGUUCCACUUUUAACACCCUGCUCCAUGCAUACUUUUCCAUUUUCGCAAACACUUUGUUUAGACCACACCAUACGCGUCCUACAUUUACAAUAUGAGACGGUUAUAUAUGCUGUGGACAAUUUUCGCAUCUCAUGGACGUAAGUUGGGGCGCUCGGAUACAAAUCCCACCCCGAGACCCGCCUCGCUCAUUCAAUUGGUCUGCCCCAAACCUGUUUCAUGCAGUCCGCCGUCUGUCAGUCAACGCCGCGCUUCCCUCCUCCGCCUCGCUUGGCAGCAUCCAGGAGUGUGCCCACCUUAUUCCUGCGACGGGCGUUUGAUGUGAACAUAUUUACGGCAAGGGCCGCCGGUUCGGCACGAGUUUUUUUCUCCGUUAUUACCAGCUUUUUGCACUAGCUUUGUCAUUUACCGUCGGGAUGACUCAGGAUGUAACUGGGUGUUGUCCUGUUGUUUUUAGCUAGGCGGACAAAUUCCUUCAACCAGCCUGCUGUUUCAAUCACUGCGGGCUGUCACUACGUUAGCCGAGGCGCUGUUUAGUUGGGCGAGCUAGCGGGCUAGCAGGGCGAGCACUCCCGACUGUCUUCGGCCUAAUUUAAGGGAGGUUGUGCUGAUGUUGUUGGAAUAACGCCGAAGAGACUGCAGACACAUCAGCGGUCACCGGGUUGGAGGCUGCAGGUUUGAACCACUCUUGACGGAUGGUGAAGAUUGAAUUGGAAAAGGCAGUGACAGAAAAAAAAAAAAAAAACCUAAAGGGGCUUUAAGUUGCUGCCAUUAGGAACAAAAAAGUAAAAAAAACCUAAGCUGUGUUCAGAGCGGUGCAGUCAGAGGAGUCCUUAGCUCCCGUUUCCAGUGUGAAUCUCCCGUGAUUUACGGUGGAACAUCCGGGUGAAGUCGCGCUUCUUCCCGGCCGGGGGGACAACUUGACAGCGAGGCCCCUUGGCUAAGUCUCCCCUCCCCCAGCCCCGACCAUCCAUCCAUCCGUUCGUCCGUCCAGUCCAGUCCAGUCCGACUGACCGCCGCCUCCUCGCUUGCUUGAGAGCCAAGCGAGGGCCGGGGAUUCGGGAGAAACGGAAACCGUGAGCCAGUGUUCGUCAGGUCCCGUUUGAUCCGGGCUGUCACAACCAGGGGGGAUGACUCUGGAGUCCAUGAUGGCUUGCUGCCUGAGCGAGGAGGCGAAGGAGUCGAAACGAAUCAAUGCAGAAAUUGACAAACAACUCCGCCGAGACAAGCGGGACUCCAGGAGAGAGCUGAAAUUGCUGCUGCUCGGUACAGGAGAAAGUGGCAAGAGCACCUUCAUCAAGCAGAUGAGGAUCAUCCACGGAGCCGGCUACUCGGAUGAAGACAAGCGGGGCUUCAUCCGGCUUGUUUACCAAAACAUCUUCACCUCCAUGCAGGCCAUGAUCCGCGCCACCGAGAACCUCAAGAUCCCGUACAAAUAUGAACAGAACCGGGCCAACGCCAUGCUUGUGAAGGAAGUGGAUAUUGAGAAGAUCAAUGGGUUUGAUCAGCACUAUGUCGUAGCUAUUAAAAGCCUGUGGGCUGAUCCGGGAAUCCAGGAGGCCUACGAUCGUCGCAGAGAGUACCAGCUCUCUGAUUCCACUAAAUAUUAUCUUAGCGAUAUAGACCGUGUGACUGCGGAGGGAUACGUUCCCACCCAGCAGGAUGUGCUGAGGGUCCGUGUUCCCACCACGGGUAUAAUAGAGUACCCCUUUGACCUGGAGAACGUCAUCUUCAGGAUGGUGGAUGUCGGGGGUCAGAGGUCAGAGCGGAGGAAGUGGAUUCACUGCUUUGAGAAUGUCACCUCCAUCAUGUUUCUCGUGGCGCUGAGUGAGUACGACCAGGUCCUGGUGGAGUCCGACAACGAGAACCGCAUGGAGGAGAGCAAGGCUCUGUUCAGGACGAUCAUCACCUAUCCCUGGUUUCAAAACUCUUCAGUCAUCCUCUUCCUCAACAAGAAGGAUCUACUAGAGGAGAAGAUUUCUUAUUCGCACUUGGUGGACUACUUCCCCGAAUUUGACGGUCCCCAGAGAGACGCCCAGGCGGCGCGGGAGUUCAUCCUCAAAAUGUUUGUGGACUUGAACCCAGACAGCGACAAGAUCAUCUACUCCCACUUCACCUGUGCCACGGACACUGAGAACAUCCGCUUUGUGUUUGCGGCCGUCAAGGACACCAUCCUACAGCUCAACCUGAAAGAGUACAACCUGGUGUGAGAGGGGCGGGGACGGUGCUCACGACGCACUUCUCCCCCCUCACCCAUUGCACAAAGCGCACCCCUCUUUGGGAACGUGCCGUCAACCCCACACGCAUCGCACAGCGCAGCACUCCGGCUCUCACACACUCAUUCACACACAAACAGAACUGUUGCUUUUUUUAAUUUUUAUUUUUAAAUAUUUUUUUUUUCCUGUCCAGUACGGUGUGUAUUUCCAGGUCCUCCCACCUUGAAUCGUGCCCCCUUCUUUCACCAAAGCCGCUCCGUCCUUCUCCUCCUUCUCUCGGCAGCUUGUCGCAUCAGUCUUCGGCCCUUAAAAAGCUGCUCCGUGUGUCAGAGCUUGGCAUACAAACCUUUCAGACGGGCUCUGCGGCAGCGACCGGAAGGGAUCUUUUUUUUUAUUUUUAUUUUUUAUCUUUGGCAUUUGUAUUUGGGGCAGUUUUUAUUGGCAAUGAAUUUUGGUGGAGAAAAAACAAAAAGAAAACAGUAAUCGUAGGGCCCCGCAGUGUUGACCCUGUCUCCUUUCCUGCCAGUGUGGAAGGCACUGACUGACUUAUCUGGUGACAUCAUCGGAGAACCAGCGGUGCUGAACACAGACGCCCCUCCAGAGCGACGCGGUCCGGAUGGGAGGUCGCGCACCAAACAAAGGGACGGACUGGAGGAUUCUGUCAUCGCCUCGCAUCUAUGAAUGUACCCCAGGUGUGAGCAUCGCAAAAAAAAAGAAAAAAGAAAUGUAUAUUAUGAAUUUAAUGCACAUUUAUCCAUUUUCAACAAGAAGAGAGGGAGCGGAGCUAAUGAAAAUCUGUUGCCGAAUAAUUUUUUUUUUUUAGCAGAUUUCUACUGAUUUAAACACUAACACUACACAGGCUGAGUCAAGCGGGCAUGAAAGCAGAAAGCGUAUAAAAUAAAUUUGGCAAAAUUUUUUAAAAAAGCAACUUAUUUGACAUAAGUAUCCUUUUUUUUUUUUUUUUGUUUAAGUUAAUCACACGCUUCCCUCCUCCAAAAUGUAUUCUGUAUGAAUUUACAGGGACAAUCUUCCACUUGACGCAGCACACGAAACCGCUCCCUCAGUACAAAACACUAGUCUUGGACCCCGCAUUGGAAAACUUUGCACUCUCAAUCAUGGAGUUGAUCUGCGAGUAACUAAAUUGGCCGGAAACGCAGCAUGUCCGACGACAUCACACUUCCUGACGCGACGCGGCCAUCACUGGCGUCAGGUUGUGCUUCUUAUAUUUUUUAUUUUUACGUUGGGUUUUGUUGAGCGAUUUAAAUUAAGGGGAAAGGUAGGAAGAUGCGCCUUUCACAGAGAAAUACUCUGAAGUCUGCAAAUUUUUGUGUAUAUUUGUAAAUACAUAUACACAAAACUCUUCUGUACAAAACAAGUGCUCUGUGGUACACCAUCUUUGGUUUUUGAAAAGAAAAAAAAGGAAAAAAAAAAAGACUUUCUUUAGCAUACAGUUUUCUCCUAUGAAUUUAUGGUAGUAUUGAUACUGUGAUUAUGAAUUAUGUUCACUUGAUUAAUAGGAUUUCAAAGAGCCGCAUGGUGUUGAGGAAAUGAAGUGGGGAUGUGGGGGGGAAGUCGGAGAAACAGACAGCCUCUGAACGCCACACUACUGCAACAGCUCUGUGUUCAGAGUAAAACUAACUAGGGCUGGUUCAACUAAAAAGAAAAAAAAAUAAAUCUUCAUGGUUAAGGUGAAAGGAUGAUUUUGAGAGUAAUUAAAGAUUUUUUUAUUUAUAUAAUUUAUGGACCAGGAUGAAGGUGUUGAUAAUUUGACUGCUCGUGUUUCUGUCAUGUUGAAGGGCUCCUUUUCUCAUGGCAGAGCCUAACUUGAGUCUGAACUGCUGUUUAAAAAAAAAAAAAAAUUACAAAACGACAAACAACAAAAAAAAAAACGAAUGUCUGGUAUAGUAAGAACUUUAUCUCUGCUUUCUAUUUCUUAUAGACAUUUCCAGAUGUACUUGCCAUUACAUUUCCAUCCAUUAUAAUGCUGUUUGUUUUCUUUUUUCUUAUAUCUUAGGGAGCCCUCACAUGUUUUUUUUUUUCAUAUUUUUUAAUGACUAGUUUUAUUUUAUUUUUUUCCCCGUUGGGUUAUAGAUGCAGCGCUGUAAUACAUACCUAGAAAAAUGUACAGUACAAAAAUAGGUGGACUUUUUUUUAUCAGUGAUUGAAGACCUCUGAGGUCCAUGCUUGCUAUUUGUAACUUAACAAAAGAUAAAAUGUUUUUUUUUUUGUUUUGUUUUUGUUUGCUUUUAUUUCCAGUUUUUGGAGGCUUGCUUUGAAUAGUGCCAGUGAAGUGCAGAUAUAUAUAUAAAUAUAUAUAUAUAUAUAAAUAUAUAUAUUUUCUUUUGGUCUCGUACACGACCUUUUCUACAAGUGAUUUACCCUUCAUCCUCAUUAAGGGCUAUAUCACAGUGCAUCCGACAGCGGGGAGUGGAGCAAAGGACCACAGUGAACCAAGUCAUCCACUAUUACUACUACUACUUGUUUAGAAAGAGAUUAUUUGCUGUCUGUGCUAUUAAGAAGUAAGGCAGAAGAGUGUUAACACAAUUGUAAGGUGCGUGUAUGUGUGCGAGUAGAGCAUUUUUACCAACACUUAAGAUGCUUUCUUUAAGUAUUUCCUCUGGAUUCUCACCACCAUUUCUGUUUGCAUCCGUAUCGCAGUGUUGCUUGUAAUCCAUCAUGGAGUGUUGAGGCGCUUAUCAGUACGGACACUACUACUAGUACUACUACUACUACUACUACUACCAGGACAAGUAUUGCAUGAUUUCCCCAAGUAUUUGAGUUGUAGCUCGUAAGCCAAGAGAUGUUAUUAAGACCAUACUGGUGUCGUUGCAUAUUUUAACCUGUAUGCAUUUCUGCUUUUAUGGCAGCUAAAGGAGGUCGAAUAGUGAUAAUGAUAAAAGUAUUUAUUUAUUUUUUCGGGGACUAAAGUGCUGCAGUUUACCAACUGCCUGCCUUGUGAACAGAUCGAUUACGGUGUUCCUUCCCUACUAUAACAUGUAUGUAAUUUUGAGAAAUCUCUUCAUUUUGUGUGGAAGUCGAUAACAUUCAUGCAAAGGGGUAAUAAAAGUCCAGCUAAAAGGAUAGGUAAGGUUUUUGAAGUGAGACUUUAAGUUGAUAUCUUACAAGCAGUGGAGGAACUUUCAUUUAGCAAAAAUCAGUAUUACUUGGUUAAGCUUACUGCAAGACUAAGACCAAAAUGGACGUCUAUUGUCUUAAAACGGCACCAAAAAUAUAAAAAAUAAAUAAAAGUGUAUGCAAAUGUGAAUUUAUAAACUUCGAGUUGCUAUUCAGCCCUUUAUUGGCUAAACGUCCAGUUCACCGAUGAGGCAGCCGUAGAAAAUACGCUUCCUGUUUUAGAAGAUUCUGACACUUUUUAUGCUCCAUCUGGCUGAGUUUUAGCAUUAACCAUUUAUAGUAUCUAUUAACUUCUUCCUACAGUAACAACUACAGUAACAACAAAUGCACCAUAUAAGAAUGGUGCAUUUGUUGAAAAAAAAAUUUAAAUAAAAGCUGGGUUUCUUAUUCGUUGUUUUCAAGAUGAUGUUUUGAUUUAGUUUAAAUUCAGAUUAGUUGUUACCAGAGUCUCAAGCUAACGGCUAAACCAAUAUUAAAGGGUUUUUUUAAUCGUUUUAGCAUCAAAAUGGCAGUAGCUUAUGCAAACAUUAUUGCAUUAUUUGCAUUGGUUAUUUACAUGGGGACACUGGAAAUGGAGCUUGGAGGCACUGAUCGUAUACUGAGAACAGAACAAGUAAAGUGUUUUCAGUCAUAGUAGUUUUAUGGUAUAAAUCGAGAAACAAAAAAAAAAACCCAGGUCAAGUGAACACCGGUCUAAUUUUUCCACUGCAUUAGUUUUCUGACUGGAAAUGCUUCACAUGUUUUGUUCUCGGUUCAUAUUUCACGCAGGAAGUUUAUUAGUGGCGCACCGCCUGCUACCUCAAAUUUCCCAAGCAAGUAGUGGACUUCUGCUUAAAUGGCCAGCAAACGCUUACAUGAUGAAGAUGAUGCUGAUUAUUUAAAUGUUCAUAAAAUAGUUUGCAUUCAUCACAAAUACCGUAGAAGUCCACUUUGGUCUCUGUUCUUCUCGGACUAACCAUUAUAUCCAGAUUUGCCCCCGGUUUAUACUAAAUGAAGCUUCUGCGAGUGAGAUAUUGAUCCAUUAAAACGCUUCAACAGAACCUGAUGUUUAUAAUUCUUCAGCUAUCUUUCUGUUAAAACAAAACACAGAGGAGCUGGUUUCCAGUGUAAUCAGGUUUAAAAUAUGCAACAGUGCCCACCAGUAUGGCACUGCCAUUUUCUCUGCUGAAAAUGACACUAACCUCACGACUGCUGCUGUGACUGCUGUCAUUUAGAGAGGAUCAGGAUGCCAGUGAGCGUAACCAAGAGUUUUAUCAGUAGUGUUAGUUCUACUUUCUGCCGAGCGCAGCUCACCCAGACGGUUUCCGACCGUGAAUUUGCUGACUUGACUCCACAGCCCUGACACAGUGCUGGUGUCGGCGCACUCGAGUCGGCGGUCUCAGUUUUCCUGUUUUUGGACAUGUAAUUAUUUCAACACAACCAAGCGGCGCAGACGGAUGCAGUUCAGUCUCCCGUCACUCAUCGUGACCGUGUUUUAUUAUCCUCCUUUCACACUACAUUACUUAUUUAUUGCCUUGAGUUAAGAGAGAUGGCCCUUUACAAUGUUUCUGUAAGCUUGCUGUUAAACUAAGGGAAUCAGACUUAUCUCUUACACAUCUUUAUAGAGUUGGACACUCAGCCCAAAGCUUGUUCCUUGUUUUUUUUUUAAUGUAAUAUAAACAAUUCCUGAACACUUUUUUUUUGUUUUGUUUUUUUGGACCACUUCAUUUGGUUUCCUCACUCCAGUAAAAGCUGAAUUUCAAUCAUGUAGUGGUUUGUAUAAAAUGUGAUUUUUUUUCUUUUUCUGUUUUUUGGUUUUAUUUUAUAUCCGAACCAACAUGUAAAUGAUGUUAUUCUGAGUGUGCCAACCCCACUCUCCAGAGCCAGGCUCUCUCUAAGUGCCAAUGAUGUGGUCGCUAUCAGACGGACCACCAUUUGAGAAGGGGGCCGAGGGGGCUCCCCUUUGUAAAACAAACCAGAGACUAAAGUGAUAAUUAUGAACACACAAAGAUCUUAAUCUGUAUUUAAGAUUGAUUUGAAAGAUAAUCUGCUCUUCUUUUUUUUCAUAUUUUUAAAGAAACUGUAAUUAUAUCUGCAUGUGGUGUUUGUUUUUGUGUUGAAAGUGAGGGCUUGGAUGUUUUUCACUGAAGUAGAGCCCUUUUGUUGAAUAGGGUUCAAUCAGUUGGUUAUUAUUGAUUUACAAUAACUCUUGCCAUAUUUUUUUAUUUGUUUCAUGUAUUUGUUUCAACCACUGUUGCCUGAUCCUCAUUCAAACAUGAACAUGACUUAUGAUCAUUGUCGCCUUCUAAGAGAGAAACAUAAUGACAAGGUAUCUGUUUUAAAUUGAAAUAAAUUUGUUCCUAUACUUGCU